CAAGUUUGUACAGCUCCUCCUCUCACAUCCUCUCUCCUUUCUCUCAACGUCUUAGCUUAGCAUUGUCUUCAAAGUUAGAGAAGGGAGCAGGACCCAAACUUUCCAGGAAUUCACACUGCAAUGGCAACCCCCAACAGCGAUGCGUACUGCAGCCCCAGUGGCCCCAGGAGCAGCUGCGGUGAGAUCGGGCUUAGAAACCAAGAUGGCAGAGAUUCACAGCUGAGACUAGUCUUAGUGGGUAAGACCGGAGCAGGGAAAAGUGCCACAGGCAACAGCAUCCUCGGAGAGAAAGUGUUUCGUUCCAGCAUUGCGGCAACAUCAGUCACCAAGACCUGUAACAAAGGGAGCAGCAGGUGGCAGGGAAGAGAAAUUGUGGUCGUGGAUACGCCUGGCAUUUUCGACACCGAGGCACAGGAUGCUGACACCUGCAAGGAGAUUGCUCACUGCAUCUUCCUGACCUCCCCAGGGCCUCAUGCUCUGCUCCUGGUGGUCCCGCUGGGCCGGUACACGCAGGAAGAGCGAAAGGCCACGGAGAAGAUCCUGCAAAUGUUUGGACCCAGAGCUAGGAGAUACAUGAUUCUCUUAUUCACCCGGAAAGAUGACUUGGAUGGCAUCAAUUUCCAUGAUUACUUACAGAAAGCACCCAAAGAUAUCCGAGAGUUGGUGGGCAAGUUUGGUGAUCGCUACUGCGUGUUCAACAAUCGGGCGACAGGAGCAGAGCAGGAGGCCCAGAGAAAUCAGCUGCUCGCCCUGGUCCAGCGCAUUGUCGCCGAGAACGAAGGAAGAUGCUACACUAACAAGAUGUACCAAAAGGCUGACAACGAGAUUCAGAAACAAAUGCAAGAAAUGCAAGAAUUUUACACAGCAGAGCUAGAGAGAGAGAGAGUGCAGAUAAGAAAGGAGUUUGAAGACAAGAUCAGAAAGCUGGAGGAUAAACUGGAGCAGCAGAGACAAAUGGAACAAAUGGAGAGGGAAUUGGCUGAGAAAGAGGCAUUAUAUGCUGUAAGGCUGCAAAAACACAGAGAUGAGAAUCAGUAUAAGAUAGUUGACUUGGUCAUGAAAGCUCUGCAGAUGGUUUUUCCUAUCUUCUCUCACCUGUUUAUGGAAGAUUAACCUGAAUGAGAAGAUCUCCUUAUUUGCUACACAUUUUCCGCUGGCCCUGCCAAGCCCCCACCCCAGAACUCAUUCACCAACCUUGAAGCACUCUCGAUUCUGUCUCUCAGACUCUCAGGACGAAGGGGUAUAAUCAGAUUCACUGGUGGUGAUUGGUAGAUGUUUGAUUGACUUACCAGGGGAGGGACGCAUUCUCAAUUUGUGGAACUCCAGAGUAGAAGGUAUUGAUGCUCUUCUAAGAAGAUGACCCCAAAAUUUCUCUAUUUGUCCCGAGUGAAAUCUAGAUUCCUUCUAGAUUGGUGGAUCCUCUCCCUUUGUUGCUUCUACUCACUUAUUUUUGCUUUUAGGACAUGGCAAUCACCUUACCCAUAUGGUUUGUUACAAAGAUUGGUUCUUCAUGUUAGGUAGUCUAAUGAUGGAGAUGCUUAUAGAAUUCUUUCCAGAUGAAUGGAAAUUUAUUUAGUUACACUUUUACAGAGGGACUCAAGUUGUUCCAUAUCAGCUGCCCACUGAAGAACAAAGAGUUGUCUGGAAAACAGGCCCUUCAGAACUCAACUAAGUGAAAUGCCAGAAAGAGCAGUUGAAAGACGGAGAUGCAACACAGAAGACAACAACGGUUUGCUGUAUUCAGACAUAUCUACAGCAACUCUUUGACAGACUUCAAUGCAACAUAUUUGCUGAAUAACCAGUUCUCUCCUUUUCAUAUGAAACUAACUGUUGCCACUUCACCUCCACCACCUCAGACCUUCAUAACUUACUGCACAUACCACCCUCUCCCAGCUGAACUGCUUGCUAGUUGGUAUUAUAAUAAAAGUUUUCUGUUCUGUCAUAUUUCCAUAAA